UGAAAAAGAGUUCAUGGUCAUGGAGUUAUGCGCAGAUGAUUCUUCAUUAAUUCAAUAUUUGCAGUCAUGGAAGCCAUGAUCAAACCCUAAAUUCAUGAUCAAAUCACUCCAAAUAUGUGCACUUCUCCGCCUUCCUGAAUCCCUUUCAAGAAUUUUGCUUGAUCAAUUAGAUUGAGUUGAUCUCAUCUGCUGAAACUGUGUACAAGUAGUGAUUGUGGUUGGAAUGUUUUGUUCGAUUUAGCAUGUCUGAACAACCUGAUUAUGCGCAUCAAGGAUCUAGCUCAAGUAUAGGUAGCAGUGUCCAAGAUAUUGAGGAUGAAGUAACAAUUGGUAGCAUUUUAGCUGAUAAAAAUCAGAAUUCUGGCCGAAGCCUGGGGAAACGCCUCUCUCAUUUGGGAUCUAUUCCGCACACUCCUCGGGUUAAUGGUGAAAUUCCAGAUGUUGAUGAUGCAACUUUGGAUCAUGAGAGGCUGCUAGAAAGAUUAACGACAUAUGGUUUAGCUGAAAUGCAAGUUGAAGGAGAUGGAAACUGCCAGUUUCGAGCUCUAGCCGAUCAACUUUUCCGCAAUCCUGACUAUCACAAACAUGUACGAAAGGCAGUUGUAAAACAGCUCAAACACUUUAGGAAAUUUUAUGAAAGCUAUGUUCCAAUGGACUAUAAAACUUAUCUGAAAAAUAUGAAAAGGACUGGUGAAUGGGGAGACCAUGUUACCUUGCAAGCAGCAGCAGACCGGUUUGGUGCCAAAAUCUGCUUGCUUACAUCAUUUAGAGAUACUUGCCUAGUCGAAAUUAUUCCUAAAGAGCAAAAUCCAGCUAAAGAGCUUUGGCUAAGCUUUUGGAGUGAAGUGCACUAUAACUCUUUGUAUGGAGCUGACGAUCUUCCAACUCGAGUAGCGAAGAAAAAACACUGGCUUUUUUAAACAGAGGGUUCGAGCCCGGGAACUGUAUCAUUGUUGCAAAUAUAUAUAUGUAAAGCUUGUAUUUUGUGUGGGAUAUGCAUCUUAGUUUCUUAGCAUGUACACCAUCAUUUGAUAAAGAGUUUUAACACAUUGUUGUAAAACAGUAAAAAUUUCGAUUCUUUGUGAACUACUGUGGCUUAGAAUGAUGAAUUUAUGUAAUAAAUUGAAGAUGUUUUUUUUUUAGCA